GUUUGAGCUUUCCAGUGAACAGGUGUACAGCUUGGAAAGAUGAAGUUCUUUUAUAUUGUUCCGUUGAUGGUCGCGUUAUCCGGUGCGUCCAAUGCUACUGACUCCGGCGCGAGUAAAGUAGUGGACAAGCGCAGCAUCUUGGGACACUUCUUCCCGAUGCACCAUCAUCAGUUGUCCGCUCGGGCGGACGGCCACGAAGGAUUCGGUGCUCAGGGCAGUUUGCAAGAGGGCGGAAAGAACGAACAUGGUCACGCCACAACACAAGGACUGGGUCACUACGAGUCCACCCAUGAGGAUUACCAUAGCUGGAAACCAUUGGACGGCUUUGGCCAUUACGGCCAGCUAGGGGACGAGCAUAAGUUCGGUGAGCAGUUCCACCAGGGAGGAGAUCAUCACAGCGUGGAGACGGAAGGCAAGCAUAGCUUUGGAGGUCAUCAAAGCGGUGGUCAGGGGGAGCAUCAUGGAUUUGGGGAGUCGCACGGAUUUGAAGGACAUCAUGGCUUUGGUGGACAUCAUGGCUUUGGAGGACAUCAGGAGCAGUCAGUACAUGAAGGUCACGGACAUGGUGAUUUCGGAGGACAUGGUGGUCUUGGAGGACAUGGUGGUCUUGGAGGACAUGGUGGUCUUGGAGGACAUGGUGGACUAGGAGGACACGGUAAUUUUGGAGGACAUGGUGAUCUUGGAGGACAUGGUGAUCUUGGAGGACACGCCGCUCUCGGUGGACACGAAUCCUUUGGCGAUCAUGGAUCUUUCGGAGGACACGCCACCCUGGGAGGACACGAAUCCUUUGGUGAGCAUGGGUCGUUCGGCAAAGGUCACGAGAGUGCCGGUGGCCAUGGAGACUUUGGAACGCAUCAGGCCUUCACUCAUGGAGACAACCAUGGAUUUGGAGGACACGAAGGAUACUCGUACGGUGGACACGAUCAUGGCUUCGGUGGACACGAUCAUGGCUUCGGUGGUCAUGAUGAUCAUUCGCACGGUCAGGAAGCGCAUCACGGAGAUGACAAGGGACAUGCCAUCAAGGAGUGGCACUUGGAGGGCGAGUACGAACACGACGACGAUCACAAAGACCACAAAGAGCACAAGGAGCACAAGGAGCCGAAAAUCAAGUACAUCACCGUCACGGAACGUGUACCGGUGCCGUACAAGGUGACGGUCGAGAAGAAGGUCCUCGUCCCGAUCAAGGUCCCGUUCACGGUGCACACCGAGAAGGUGGUGCCGGUGUACGUCGAGAAGAAGUUCCCGGUCGUGGUGGAGAAGCACGAGAUCAUCCACGUGGACAAACCGUACGAGGUGAAGGUGCCGCACAAGGUCGAGGUCCAUAAGAAGGAAAUUAUCAAGGUGGAGAAACCGGUGCCAGUGAAGGUGGAAAAGCCCGUCCCGUACAAGGUGGAAAAGCCGUUCAUCGUGCACAAGCACGUGCCGGUGAAGGUUUGGGUGAACGUGAAGAAGGAGCACCAUGAUUGAAGGAGCUAGUUGGCUGUUGUUCUACCCAAUUGUGAACUGUCCUAGAAUAAGUACCUAUAGUUACAUGUUAUGCAGCUUACAACGUGAGCUACUUUCAAUACCUGUUAGUAUUGUUGCUUUAAGUAUUAACCACACAAUCAUAUUCAAA